UUUAAAAGCAGCCGUCUACUUCGCAAUUGUACACAAACGAGCGCUGGCAACAGGUGCUACUUUUUAUCGGUGAUGAAUUUAUUAAUUAACUAGGCACAGCAAUUGCUUCUGGUGGACUCUGACCUUUUUGGCAUGUGCCGUUCGCAAAUCAGCCUGACGUUGGGAGCAAAGGUCCUUCGGAAGAGAGAGAUGAUACUAUUAUCAUCUAAAGUUUGUUCCUUCUCAGUAUAUUACCGUAAGUAAUAUGUGGCUUUUCAUACAGCAUUAACGCACACCAGACAUUCCGUCAAGAUGCGAAAUCUGUCGCUCAACUCGGUACCCGUCGGGAAGUGACAUUUCCAUUGAACGUUCCCGAAAGGAGCUGCUUGAGUAGUUGUCAAGUAGUCGGCUAAGCAAACAAUUACAGCACUGACAAACACAAGAAUCAUUGUAGAUUACAAUCAUCAUUCAAAAAGGAGUUCGCAAGAAAAUGCUUUGGAAAGUGGCAACUGAAAACAUUUAGCGUAUUGGCGUAUUGACCCGACGUUUUGUUUAUUUUCUAAAACUGAAGCAGAACGUUUCCAGACUAAAGCAUGGCUAGUUCGACACCAUUAAUGAUGCGUUUGCUCGGCAGCUCCAUACAAAUUGCACACCGCGCAGGCAAGAUUAUUCGGGAAAUAAUGUGCCGUGGUGAUCUCGGUAUCGUAGAGAAGGGCAAAGAUGACUUACAAACCGAGGCCGACCGUUCAGCACAGCGUUGCAUCGUGGCCUCCCUUGCGAGAAUAUUCCCCGGAGUAACUAUUAUCGGCGAGGAAGGGCCCAGCGAUUUGAACGUUCCCGAUGACUGGUUGAUAACCGAAGGAAAUUCAGAGUUUUUGGAAAAACACAAAUGUCCUGAGCCAUUGGUAGAUUUGAAAGAAUCUGAGGUAGUGAUUUGGGUGGAUCCAUUGGAUGGGACGAGCGAAUACACCCAAGGAUUUCUCGAGCGCGUCACUGUACUGAUAGGCAUUGCUGUGAAUGAUCGUGCUGUGGGCGGAGUGAUUCACCAGCCGUAUUACCAAACCGAUUCCGGAGAUUUGGGACGCACUAUCUGGGGUCUGAAGGGCUGUGGCAGUGGUGGUAUGGUGUCGGUUCAACCACCCUCAGAUAGAUUCUUAAUUACAACGACACGUUCACAUUCCAACACGAUCGUGCAAUCCGCCUUAGACGCAUUGGUUCCAGACGAGAUAUUGCGGGUCGGAGGAGCUGGCUACAAGGUUCUUCAACUACUCGAAGGAAAAGCGCAUGCUUAUGUUUUUGCAAGCAACGGUUGCAAAAAGUGGGAUACUUGCGCUCCGGAGGCAGUGUUAGAAGCUAAUGGGGGAACUUUAACGGAUAUGCUAGGCCGCCACUAUCAGUACGGAGAAAAUGUGAGCUUCGCCAACAGCAGCGGAGUCUUGGGCACAGUGGCCGGCGUAUCACAUGAAGAUAUUCUUUCCAGGAUUCCUGACACAGUCAAGCAGGCUAUGGAUAAGCCCUAGAAUUAGAUUAGGCAUGUUCAGAUGCUAUGUUGAGAUUUUUAUUUGUUGAAAACAUCGAUACAUUAAAUUGGCUCACAUCAAGCUAGCUGCCA